AUGUCUGAUAAAAUCGAAAAACACGACGACAAGCUCGUUGACGAGAAGUUCAUCAACGCCGAUGAAAAGUCGCUUGAACGCUCCCAGGACCUUGAGUCCGUGCCUCCUACUGUGGAAGGCGCUGAACCUACCGACGAGGAAAUGAAGACUCUCCGCAGAGUCUCCAGAAAGAUCCCUCUCUCCUGUUGGCUUGUGGCCCUUGUCGAAUUGUCGGAGCGUUUCUCCUACUACGGCUUGUCGACGCCGUUCCAGAACUACAUGCAAAAUACCCCAGAGGACCAUCCCCGUGGUAUUCUCGGCUUGAACCAAUCCGGUGCCACCGCCUUGUCGUACUUUUGGCAGUUUUGGUGUUACGUGACGCCUAUUUUCGGUGCCUGGGUCGCCGACACUUUCCUCGGAAAGUACCUCACCAUCUGCGUGUUCUGUGUGAUCAUGAUGGCUGGUAUUUUCAUCUUGUUCAUCACCUCGCUUCCCUCCGUCGCUUCCAAGGACACCUCCUUGGCGGGUUUCAUUGUCGCCAUUAUCGUCAUUGGUAUCGGUACCGGUGGUGUCAAGUCUAACGUCUCUCCUUUGAUUGCCGACCAGGUGCCCAAGUCCAAGCCUUCCAUUAAGGUUUUGAAGAGCGGCGAGAGAGUCAUUGAGGACCCCAACAUCACCAUCCAGAACGUUUUCAUGUUCUUCUACCUCAUGAUCAACGUCGGCUCUCUUUCCGUUAUCGCCACCACCGAGUUGGAGCACAAUGUCGAUUUCUGGGCUGCCUUCCUUUUGCCGCUCUGCUUCUUCACCAUCGCUAUAGCCGCUCUUAUCUUGGGCAAGAACAACUACGUCAAGGUGCCUGUCGGUGACAAGGUCAUUUCUCGUUCGUUCAAGUGCUCUCUUGUUGCUUUGAAGAGUCUCAACUACGAUGCUGCCAGACCCUCUCUUCACCCUGACAAGGCUUUCCCAUGGGACGACAAGUUUGUCGAUGAGGUCCAGAGAUCCUUGUACGCCUGCAAAGUGUUUGCCUUCUACCCUAUCUACUGGUUGGUCUACGGUCAGAUGAACAACAACUUUGUUUCCCAGGCAGGUCAGAUGGAGCUCCACGGUUUGCCCAACGAUAUCUUGCAGGCCAUCAACUCCAUCACCCUUAUCGUGUUUAUUCCAAUCUGUGAGAGAUUUGUCUACCCAUUCAUCAGAAGAUUCACUCCAUUCAGAGCUGUCACCAAGAUUUUCUGGGGCUUCAUGUUCGGCGCCGCUGCCAUGAUCUACGCUGGUAUCUUGCAGCACUUCAUCUACAAAGCUGGUCCUUGUUACAACUUCCCAAAGGCCUGUGACCCAGAAUUCAAGAAGAUUCCAAACCACAUCCACAUUGCCCUUCAGACUCCUUGUUACUUCUUGAUUGGUAUGUCGGAGAUUUUCGCUUCCAUCACCGGUUUGGAGUACGCCUACACCAAGGCUCCUGUGAACAUGAAGUCUUUCAUCAUGUCCAUUUUCCUUCUUAUGAACGCUUUUGGUUCUGCCCUUGGUAUUGCGCUUUCCCCAGUGUCCGAGGACCCCAAAAUGGUGUGGACCUUCUGUGGUUUGGGUGUUUCUUGUUUCAUUGCCGGCUGGAUCUUCUGGUUCUUGUUCAAGCACUACAACUACAGAGAGGAUGAGUGGAACAGCUUGGACUAUACUCAAAAUGAGACCAGUGAUCCUGAAUUGGAGCCUGUGGUCUCACUCACGCGUUCCUUUAAGCAAUUGCGUUGA